AUGGCUAUUUCGCAUACUUUAGGGACUGACUCACUUGUUAGUCAUGCCUUCAAUAGAGAUGGUACAGAACUCGCCCUUUCUGUCAAUACUAGUGACGUUUACUUGUUGAGUGUUCCGGAAUCACCCAGUGGAAGGUUCCAGGUUAUCGAUGUCCUACGGGAACAUAGUGCUUUGGUUACAAGUAUAGACUGGGCACCACAGACAAAUAGGAUUGUUUCAUGUUCUGCUGAUCGUAAUGCCUACGUGUGGAAUAAGCAGUCAGAUAAUAAAUGGAAGCCAACACUGGUUUUGCUCAUGAUCGAUAGAGCUGCAGUGUGCGUAAAGUGGUCUCCAUUAGAGGACCGUUUUGCUGUGGGUAGUGGUUCCAAACUUUUGGCAGUGUGUUGGUUUGACGAAGAAAGUGAUUGGUGGAUUGGCAAAAAGAUUAAAAAGCCUAUAAGAUCUACCGUCACGUGUAUUGAUUGGCAUCCAAAUAAUGUUCUUCUAGCUUGUGGGUCAAGCGAUUUUCACGCGAGAAUAUUCUCAGCCUUCACAACCUCUGGCCCUUCGGAAUCAGUGUGGGGCAAACACACCCCUUUGGGUGCCGUGCUUUUUGACUAUUCGGAUGGGGAAGGUGGUUGGGUUCUAAGCGUUUCAUUUUCGGCAGAUGGAAAUAAAUUAGCAUGGACUAAGCAUAAUUCAACAAUUUUUGUAGCUGAUGCAAGUAUCAGUGCUACACCUAUUGUUACACGUUUACGAACUGAUUUCUUACCUUUCGUCAGUUGCAUUUGGAUUGGACCAUCAACUUUUGUAGCAGGUGGUUACGACUGUUGUCCUAUGCUGUUUAGAUAUAAUGACCAAUCGAUCAGUUUUGUUCACCAGUUGGAUACUAAGAGUGAAUCUCGAUAUGGUGGAAAGGUAACAGCUAUGAAGAAAUUUCAAGAUAUUGAUCGCAUGGCUACAGCUGAUAAUACUAGCUCUCGUUUACCGACGAUUCAUCAAAAUUGCAUUAAUGAAAUUCGAAUUCUUAAAGGUGAUCGUUCAAUGGCUUCAGAACUCAGCUCAGUCGGUCGAGAUGGUAAUCUCGUAUUGUGGAACUUUCCAACACUAUCUGAACAAAUUGCAGAUUUAAAGAUAGUUUGA